AAACUGUUAAAAUAAAGACAUGACCGGUUUUAUUUUAAGACUAAAAUUCUUUGGCUAUUAUGGAAUUUAAUUUGUGUUAUUAUAUUUCAAUCUUCUUUGAACCCUAUACUCUACCCUCAUUAACAAUAUGUUCUUUUUUUUAACCCUUUUCUUGUAUUUUUGGUUUUUUAAAUGAAACGGUGCCCAUCUCUGAAUGGGACAGGAUGUAAAUGCAACAGAACUUUAUCUCCUCGAUAAGGAUUUAUGGUGGUCACGACGUAUAUACUGGGAGCAAGUAUGGAGGGACCUCCUUGUAAGGGAUGUCACAUUAACAAACUAUACUAUUCUAUGGAGUAUUCUAAGUAUAGCGCGGCGCUGAACGGCAUAUGGUGGUCACGACCUAUAUACUGGCAGCAGGUGUGGAGGGACUUUAUUGUUUGAGAUUUCACUUUAACACAUUAUGAUAUUCUAAAGAAAAGUAUAGUGCUGAGCUGACCUACCUACAGGGGUCACGAGUACAACCUAUAUAUUGUCAGCAGGAGUGGAGCUUCCUCCUUGUAAAAUAUGUCACCUUAACAUAUUAUAAUAUUGCAAGGAGAAGUAUAGUGCAGCGCUGACCUGCAUAUGGUGGUCACGAUCUAUAUACUGGCAGCAAGUGUGGAGAGACCUCCUUGUAAGGGAUGUCACUUUAACACAUUAUAGGUUCAACUACGGAACAAUGACAGACGAGCCUGUUAUUGAUCAUAUGAGGGUGAGUGCUGCACUCAAUGCUAUUGGACACAAGCUAAAAUCCUUGUCUUUUCUACCAGACGAAAACCUUCACAACAUUGUAGAAUUCCAGAUUGUUAUGAACAGGUUCUGUCUCGUGAACAACACAAAACUGCCAAACAUCAAGAGCUUUUGCUACAAAUUUCCCUGCGACUUUGCAAGGAAGCACAAUGAAAUUGACAUCUAUGGAACUGGAGGAAUGAUUCUGCAGAAUAUGAAGAAUUUGCUUGAAUGUCUGCCUGGACUGGAAAAGUUGGAACUAGUUGAUCUCCAGCUGGAUGGAAAUGAUGCUGAGCAUGUUCUGGAUGAAGUAAGUGAAGUUUGUUCAGUGUCUCUCAAAUCCCUGAGAAUUAUCAACAUAUCUCGGCAACCCUUCUCUAUGCUGGCAACCGCAUCCUUUGUAAAUCUUCGGGUUCUCUCCAUAUCACCUCAUAAUUUGGGAGAUGAUUUAGUGGAGUGUAUAGCCGACAUGAAAAAGCUGCGUAACCUGAUAAUUAUGAGUAAUGCGUACACAGACAGCAUUCCAACUCCUGUUGACAGCAGAAUUUGGCUCUCUUGUCGAAAACAUCAUCCAAGAUUAAGGGUUCAUCUUAUAACAGAAGGGAAGCAUAAAAAAGAGCUUACUUUCCAGACAAGAGCACCUGUAAAAUCUAUUGUCUACGAUACCCCCUACUCAAAGGUUAAUCAGUUUUCAGUAAAUCUUGUUGUGGAACUAUACAGAACAGAUUUAGAGGUGUACUGCCACAAGAGACUGCCAAGAUUUUCAAGAUCAAGAAGUUUUCAUGAUCGACCUGAUUCCUCAUACAUAUAUCUAGUCAGGCAGUGUCCCUACAUACAUACUUUGAUGAUUCGAGAAAGAGUUUCAUCUAGCACUGUUUUGCUUUUAGCAUAUACAGGAAAGAACUUGAGAUAUUUUUACGUCAGAAGAAAUGCGAUUAUUCUAAAAUGUGAUUGGCCUAAAAGCCCGGAUUGGUCUGAUGAGUUCUACUCCUGGUUGAGAAAAAGUAGUAAAUCCUAUUCAGAUAUGGAGACUGAGGUUUCUCAGAUACUAGGAUUCAGAUGGUUUGCGCUGACCGAUAAGCAGUAUAAUUUGACUCCUAUAAACGUGACCUAUCAGCACUAUUAUGAAGGAUUUGAGGAGGCUGAUUGAAGAAAAGAUAAAUACGAUGUGAUUAAUAAAUCAAAUAUGACAGUUAGUGAAUAGUUUGAAUGUCUUCUUCCCUAUACUGUAUCAGAUAUUAAAGACUUUUUUAGUUUAUUUCACUGAAAAAAAAUACUUUAAUUUUAUAUGUUUUACUUAAAAUCAAGACUAUAAUAUAACUGCAAUAUAAUAAUUUUUAUUAUUCUCUUUGGUAUCAAACAACUUAACAAAUUAUAGAAGACAUUUUAAACUAUUCAC